AUGGCCAAGUGCUCCACGAUGAUGGUGGUUCUGAUGUUUGCAAUGGUGGCCGGAUCCGCUUUGGCUCAGGCCCCAUCGGCCGCGCCCAAGGCUUCGCCGGCUGCCGCACCAUUGGCUGCUCCACCGAAGCAAGCUGCAGCUCCGGCGCCGACAACUUCGAUGAAGCCGCCUGCCACUGCUCCGUCGUCGGUGUCUCCAACCUCUUCUCCUCCGGCUCCUCCAACCGACGUUUCCGCUGGAUCUCCCGCAGCUCCUCCGUCCAUCGCCGGCGCCCCUGGUGGUUCUGCUCCGGCCCCCAGUGCAGCUACUGUGUUGAACCGCGCCGCCGCCUCCGGAUCCGCCGCUCUCGUGUUGUUGUCGGCUGCUUUAUUGCUUUAG